AUGCGCAAUAUCGAUGGCACGAUUGCUUGCAUUUUUCUGCUGGCGUGGCAAGACUUCAUCGAUUCCAAAGAAUCAUGGAAAUGUCACUUGGAAGCACUGAACGCGAUUGUUCGUGCGAAAAAUGCACCAUAUGGCGCUAACAGUCUUGAAAAGGAAUUUGAAAUGACGUACGCAGCGUAUGUUGUUUCCUGCUUCCCUCCUAACCUCAUUUUACUUACCCGCCUAGACUUCAAAUUCUCGGCACAGCAUUCGUGA